AUGCUUCUGCUGCUCAUUUGCACUUACUCCCCCUCUUUUCCAUCCAUCUCCCUGCCCCCACACAGACCAACCAGCCCUCGAACCCACCGCGCUGCUUCACCUGCGGGCAGGAGGGCCAUCGCCCCACGGACUGCUCACAGAGCCACAAGCGCCCACAGCUCACAUGCUUACUAUCCGUCUUUCUAUCCAUCUCCUCUCCCCCCACAGACCAACCAGCCCUCGAACCCACCGCGCUGCUUCACCUGCGGGCAGGAGGGCCAUCGCUCCACGGAUUGCCCGGACAGGCAGAGGCAGCACCACUCGCAGGUGGUGUGCUUCGGGUGCAAGCAGCCCGGGCAUCUGCACAAGCACUGCCCUAACCGCCCUGCUAUGCCGGCCAAGCCUAGCGGGGUGCCAUCUGGGUCUGGGGUGAUCUUGGAUUCAGCUGCUGGUGGGAUGAUCCCUGGUGCUGCUGCGGGAAUGCAUGAGGCGGCGGCAAGUGGUGUCAAGUGCUUUGGUGGCACGUGUUGCUGUGAUUCCACUCCCCUCAUUUCACGCCUUUGCUUCCACUCAUCCAUGCUGGUGCAGGAGCUGGUGCGUAUUAGCAUGAGAAGCAGGGCAGCGCAGGUGUACGGGCAGGGUGGUAUGGCUGUCUCUAACAUUCAGCAGGCUCCUCCUACUGCUGGUGCUGGUGCUGGUGCUGGUGCUGGUGGUGGUGGUGCUGGUGCUGGUGCAAUGGGUGCUGUUGUGUCGGGCCCUGGCUUUACCCUAGGCACCGUUGCUCCUCCUCCUGCUCCUGCUCCUGUUGCUCCUGCUGUUACUGCUCCUGCUGGUGGUGGUUCUGCUGUGUAUGGUGCUGCUGGUUCUGGUGGUUACGGUGGUGGUGGUGUUUCUGGUCCUGGCAUGCAAGGCAUGCAAGGCAGUGGAAUGGCGGCAGCAGCAGCAGCUGCGGCAGCGAGGGGCGAGCAGCUUAUUCUAGUGAGUGCCAGUGAUGGCCGGCUGGUGGGGCAGGAUGGGGUGACUCUGCCGCAGGGCGGGGGGAUGCAGCAGGGGGGGAUGCAGGGGGGAAUGCAGCAGGGGGGGAUACAGGGGGGAAUGCAGCAGGGGGGGAUGCAGGGGGGGGUACAGGGGAUUCAGCAAGACAGGGUGCAGCAGGGGAGGGUAGAGCAGGGGGGGAUGCAGCAGGGGGGGAUGCAGCAGGGGGGGAUGCAAGGGGGAGUGCAGCAGGGGGGGAUGCAGCAGGGGGGGAUGCAGCAGGCGGGGAUGCAGCAGGGGGGGAUGCAGCAGGGGGGGAUGCAGCAAGGGGGGAUGCAAGGGGGAGUGCAGGGGAUGCAGCAGGGGAGGAUUCAGGGGAUGCAGCAGGGAGGGGUGCAGGGGGGGAGAUUGCAGCAGGGGGGGCAACAGGGGAUGCAGCAGCAAGGGGGGAUGCCGCUGCAAGCAGAGACAGGGGGGCAGCAAAUAUUUGUUGUGGGGCAGGAUGGGAUGUUGACUCAGCAAGCUGUAAGACUUUCUGGGCAGCCUGUGGGGCAGCAGCAGCCACUGCAGCUCCAGCAGCAGCAGCAGCAGCAGCAGCAGCCACCGCAGCAGCAGCACACGGGAAUCUCAGGUGAAAUGUCAGGUGUUUUGCAGCAGUAUGAGCCAGUUCGCGUGUACGGUGAAGUGGGCGGCUCCUAUGGCGCCACUGCUGCUGGGGGAAGAGUGGAGGGACUUCGUUCGCAAGGCACCUAUGGCACUACUGCAAAUACCCCUGCACCUGGGGGGUAUGGUGGCAGUGCACCCUACAGUGGUGGUGCUACUACUGGUGACUCGUCCCUCUCUACUCCUCCUUGGCUUGCUACUGCCCCGGUUUCUAAUCAAAAUGCUCCUCCCCUCCCCCCCGGACCACCUCCCACUUACGACACGAGGAUCGACACAAGGGUCGACCCAAGGGGUGCGCCGGCAGGAGGAGGGUUACCAGGCCAGCUGUACGCUGGUAACCGUAACACGGAGCCGUUCAUGAAUACCAGGUUACCCUGCAAGAGCACCAGAGCCAGGGUCUGGCGGGUAUACGGGGAGCAGUAA